AUGACGACUUUCCUCUCUACUCAUAUCGACCCAAGCGCACGUCCAUUUGUUUUCGGGGAAGUGUUUGACGUCCCUCGACUCAGUCAAGCCAUUGGGAUCCACUUGCUUCAAUGGCAUGAAGUCAAGGAUCCAGAAAGUCAGGUUGUCGAUGAUCUUGGUUGUUGGACCUUCUGGGAAACCUCCCUCCCUGAACCUGCUCAAGCUCGGCGAGACGACUUCGAACAUCCCUCUUCGGUGAUUGAAUGCAUGGACACGUACCCCAGCUUGGGUCGAGCUGACAUCUCCUUAGCGUACACCACAAUCAUGCAUCUUUUUGGUCCCUCGCAUCACUCGGGUUUCCGGAAACUCGCUCGAAAAGCGGAAUUAUCAUUCACGAAUCGUCCUUCUCCUCAGCACCAGGUUUUCCUUCCCCCAGGCGAUCACGUAUUAUGCUUCAAUUUCCUUUACUACAUAAGCGCUCAUCAUACAUGGGAAUGGGAAUUAGACUAUUCUCCUGCAUGGGGAUUUUGCUUCGCCCCGUUGUCUGUUAUUGCGCGCAGGGUAUCCGAGGUGCAAGAAGAGCUUCGGACACGAAAAGGGAUUAAGGCCACGCAUGUUAUCAUGACGAGCGACGAAAACAACCCGGAAUGGUGGUCAGAUGUUGGGACGUUGAGGUGGAUGUGGGCAGAUUAUGCAGCGGAGCGUUAG